CAACAGGCUACUUGAUGGAUUUUGUUUUGUGCUUGAUUGUUGACGCUUUGAUUCAGGAGUACAGUCUUCGUUGUCAAUUUGUAGUGGCUCCUCGAUCGUAACAAGUCCCCUCACUCUCUCUUUUUGGCUUUUUAUUCUUCUCGUUCUGUGUUUGGUAACAUCUUCACACACUUGACAAUGGACCACGACCGCCACGACGCAUCGCUCGCUCCGCCGCCGCCCGUGGUCGAAUCCUGGGGACUGGAUCCGCUGUACUGGGCCUGUGCCAAGCUGCCCAUCAGUCUCGUGCACUCGUGUGCCGGCUUCCCCAGCUUUCGCGAGGUCCUGUGUCUCCAUCAGCAUCCGAUUGCUCGCAUCCACAUCAUGGGCAUCAUUUCAAGCAUUGACCGGUACAAUACAAAUACGAGCUACACAAUUGAUGACGGGACUGGCGUCAUCUCAUGCGUCGUGUGGAACCGCCGGCGAGCCGAAGUGACCAAUUUGGCGGGAAACGCAACCAAUGGUGCUCCGGCUGCUCUCGAUGCUGUAGCUGCUGUAGCCGCUGCUGGAGCCUCUGCCGCUGCUGCUGGUGGUGGUGCGGCAGGCAAUGCCCCGAUUCUUCCAGUUGCACGGCGAGCUGCACGCGCAGGCAACGUGUUUGACGCUCCUGUGCCGGCGAUUGGCGAACUGGGCGAUCUCGUCUCGGUUCGCGGCAAGCUAUCUUGCUACCGCGAGCAACGCCAAUUAGUUGUCACGUCCAUGACCCCCGAACGCGCUCCAGAUGCUGAAAGUUUAUGGCUGCUGGAGUGUGCGCACCUUUAUCGGAAAAUCUACUCCAUCCCGUUUGAUCCGGCUGCCAUUCUCGGCGCGCAAAGCACCCAAACUUCUUCAACUCCUGCCCACUCGCGAGCCGCAGCGACGCAACUGCCGGUUGUGCCGCUCCUCUACGGGACCGCUGCGAAAAGGCCACUUCAACCACACGAAUCGCAACCUGCUGCCAAACGAUGGGCCCCGUAUCAUAGAAACGAUCAUUCGUAAAUCUAUCGAAUGAGACGAGGCAGGCGAGAAGGAAAACAACAACUAUAAAUAACCGCAAAGCGAACAAAGAUCAUCGGCAGCACCAUCAGACGCGUGUUUCCAAUUUCCGGAAGACAAUUUCAAAGUACAACUGGCCUCGUUUGACCUUUUGAAGAUCGAUCGUCACUGGAAACUGCACCGUGUCUUCAGCCAACUCGAGAAACUCCAGGGAGAUUUCGCAUUCGCCCAUAAAAUCUAUCCAAAAGGACAACAACCCCAGAGCGUGAUGAGAUGCGAGCAUUUUCACCGAUUCUUGUUCUUGGAAUCGAAAAGCCACGCCUUUUGUUUUCAAACACAACCAACUCCAUUCAUCAAUCAAACUUACCGUCGUAGGACAACUGGUCCCAAUCCCA